AUAUAAGCAUUUAAUGCACUUUCAUUUCACAUCAGAUACUCUAAAAAGCAUCCUCCUUCCUGGAAAUUCUAGAGCCAUUUCUCCUCAGAGUUGGGAAAAAUAGCAAUACAUACAUGCAUGUAUGUGUUUAUAUAUAUGUGUAGGUGAUGCAAGAAAGAGUUGAUUUUGCCAAAGAAAUCAAACAUGGCAUCUCUGAAAAUAACAAAAAAGCACCAUAAACACAUCAACAACCCUUUCCCAUCCAACCCAAAGACUCUUCCUUUGAUUCAAGGAACUCUGGUUUUUAAUUCUCAAACACUCCCUUCUCAUCAGGUUUAUGAUCUUGGCCAUGAUUUUCAGUUGAAUUGGUCAUCAAACGAUGGAGGGUCUCUCUCAAUUUUCCACAAGUCCAAUCCUUCAAGAUCCAUAUGGUCCACCGUUCCGGGCCGGGCCUUCGUUUCCGCAGCUGUGGCUGAUACAGAGGUGGAAGAGAGCAGGGGUUCGUUUGUCAUUAAAGAUAGGAAUAUCCACCUCAUAUGCAAUCAUCAAACCAUUGAAGAAAUCAGGGCCGUACAAGACUCUGAUUAUUUCACAUCACAUGCUGAUGAUCAUCAAGGUUCAUCGGUUUCUUGCUCCGGGGUGGAGAAAUCGCCGGUUCUUCUGAUCAAAGGAAGGGUUUUUAAUGUGAAAGAGAGGAGAAUGAGGAAUGAAGGUUCUUUUCUGCAUGAAAGUUCAGAAAUAUUGGAGAAGGCGGCAGGCAUACAUGCUAAGUAUUGGAUGCUGUUUGAUCAGAAAAACAGUAACCAAGUAGGAUUUCAAGUGAGAUUUGGGAAACCAAUUGGAGGGCAGCUACAGAAGUUCUCUCCAAGAAGUUAUAGUUACAGAGGUUUUAGUCGAAAAGUGGGACGAAUUCGGAGACUUCGAGUUGGCUGGUGUGGAUAUUUUUCAAGGAAGAGAGUGGUUAUAGCAGUUUCACCUGCACAAGAGGAAACUGUUGUGAUGAAGAAUGCAGCCUGUCCUGAUUUUAACAGGAUAUGUAUAACAUAUUCAAGUGAAAAGAAUGAGAGAUUCUAUGGCUUUGGGGAGCAGUUCUCUCAUAUGGAUUUCAAAGGGAAGAGAGUUCCAAUAUUCGUUCAAGAACAAGGAAUUGGGAGAGGUGAUCAACCAAUCACGUUUGCUGCUAAUUUAAUCAGCUACAGGGCUGGAGGAGAUGAGAGUACAACUUAUGCUCCUUCACCUUUUUAUAUGACAUCACAGAUGAGAUCAGUUUAUCUAGAAGGAUACAACUACUCCGUCUUCGACCUAACAAAGCAUGAUUCUGUCCAGAUACAGAUACAUGGAGAUAGGACAGAGGGUAGAAUACUGCACGGGAACUCUCCUGCUGAGAUUAUUGAACACUUCACAGAAACCGUAGGGAGGCCUCAAGAACUUCCUGCAUGGAUAAUUUCAGGGGCCGUGGUGGGUAUGCAAGGAGGCACUAGUAAAGUACGCGAUAUUUGGGCGGAGCUGCAAGCCAAAGAUACGCCAAUAUCAGCAUUUUGGUUGCAGGACUGGGUAGGACAAAGGAAGACUGUCAUCGGGUCACAAUUAUGGUGGAACUGGGAAGUGGAUUCAACUACAUAUUCAGGAUGGCAGCAAUUAAUAAAGGAUCUUAGUGCUCAGCAUAUUAAAGUGAUGACAUAUUGCAAUCCUUGUUUAGCUCCAGUGGAUGAGAAGACAAAUGUAGGAAGAAACCUGUUUGAGGAAGCCAUGAAGCUGGACAUCUUAGUGAAAGACAAGAAAGGAAGACCAUACAUGGUUCCUAAUACAGCUUUUGACGUCGGUAUGUUGGAUUUGACUCAUCCAAAAACAGCAGGUUGGUUCAAACAGAUUUUGCAAGAAAUGGUGGAUGAUGGAGUCAGGGGUUGGAUGGCUGAUUUUGGUGAAGGCCUGCCAGUGGAUGCCUACCUCUAUUCAGCAAUUUUUUCAGGAGAAGAUCCAAUUACUGCGCACAACAGAUACCCAGAAAUCUGGGCAAAAUUAAACCGGGAAUUUGUUGACGAAUGGAAAAGUAGUUGUCUUGGCAAGCAGAAGGAAGACCCACAAGAGGCUUUGGUGUUCUUCAUGAGGGCUGGUUUCCGAGGUAGUCCAAAAUGGGCUAGCCUGUUUUGGGAAGGGGAUCAAAUGGUAAGUUGGCAAGCUAAUGAUGGGAUAAAGAGUGCAGUGGUUGGUUUGCUUAGUAGUGGACUUUCUGGUUAUGCUUUCAAUCAUAGUGAUAUUGGAGGCUAUUGCUCUGUGAGUUUGCCGUUCUUCAAGUACCAAAGAAGUGAAGAACUUCUCCUGCGAUGGAUGGAGCUUAAUGCAUUCACAAUCGUCUUCCGGACACAUGAAGGAAACAAGCCAUCUUGCAAUAGACAGUUCUACUCCAACCAAAGAACUUUAUCUCAUUUUUCACGGUUUGCAAAGAUAUAUAAAGCUUGGAAGUUUUACAGGAUUCAACUAGUAAAGGAAGCAUCUGAAAAAGGGCUGCCUGUUUGUCGUCACCUAUUCCUUCACUAUCCAGAGGACGACUAUGUGCAUAGACUGACAUAUGAGCAAUUUCUAGUCGGCACAGAGAUCCUAGUCGUGCCGGUUCUUGACAAAGGCAAGGAAGUAGUCAAGGUUUAUUUCCCAGAAGGAGAGAGAUGUUCAUGGAAGCAUGUCUGGACAGGAAAACUACACUCCAAACAAGGUUCUGAAAGUUGGGUGGAAGCUCCAAUAGGAUAUCCAGCCAUUUUUGUCAAGGAUGGAUCCAAAAUUGGAGAAACAUUUCUGGAAAACCUUAGAGAGUACAACAUCCUGUAAAGCAGCAUGAUAGAACAGUGUCUUCAGGUGCAGGUUUCCGGAUAUAACUUAAGUGGAAAUUAUUGUUCAUUAACAUCCCAAUAGUAUUUUGGGUCUGCUAAAUCUGUUGUACAAACUUUUUGUAAGUUUUCCAUGCAAUUGAUCACUAAAAUGUAAAUUGCCCAACUCUACAUGUGCUUUGAUUCAACUCUGCAAUUCCACUGUAUAGUUGUUGAACAGGUGCUGUGUCUCAGGAUGUUCUGCAUACAGAGUAAAACAAGAAAUGAAGCAGCGAUUGCUGCUUUGUUUAAUUUUAA